AUGACUGCGGACGGAUGGGCAGCCCGGCAGCAGGAGUUGGUGAAUAUCGAGUUUCAGGAGGAGAAGCGGCAAGUGGAGGAACGAUUACGACACUGGCCAGUGGAAAAGUUGGUGGCCGAGGGCUUGGCACUAUCGAAUUUGCAGGUGAAGCGUGAUGGCGAGUUCUUUGGUGACCCUCUGAUUGAGUUUUCGUUUCCGUCUGCUCAGCCGCAUGAUUUCCAGAGUGGGGACUGGCUGCUGGCCAGUAAGUCGUCCAAACACCCACUGUUGCCAGGGGCUCUGUCCGCCCAAGUAGUGGAUGUCCAGCCGACCAAGAUCUUGUGUGCCAUGCCGGAGUGGCGCUUGGACCGCGGGGUGAACUACGUGACCUUCCGUCGGAUCUCGGAAGCGUUGUCUUCCUUUGGAGGUAACGGCGUCCCAGGAGAUGUGCGUGCCAUACUCCUGGGGCAUGACGACCUUGAGGAACGCAAUGCGAUGGAGGAUCUCUCUUUACAGCUUCCAAGUGAAAUUCCUUUGGAUGACAGCCAGCAUGAGGCCAGAGGAGCUUGCAUACGUGAAGGGGUCGCAUUCAUCCCAGAACUCCCUCGAAUCGUAAACUCUGGUAAUUCGGCAGGAUGA